AUGUUAAAACUCUAUCUAUCUAUCUAUCUAUCUAUCUAUCUAUCUAUCUAUCUAUCUCUAUCUAUCUGUGUUGUAAGUGUAUUCUACAUUAUUAUGCUUAUCUAUAAGUGUAGUACUGUACUGUAUUCAUAUCUAUCUAUCUAUCUAUCUAUCUAUCUAUCUAUCCGUAUUUGCUUUAUUCUGUCUUUUCAUCUAUCUAUUUUUAUCUAUAUCUACUUUAUUCGAUGUAAGUGUAUUCAUAUCGACUUUAUUCUGUUUGUUCAUCUAUCUAUCUAUCUAUCUAUCUAUCUAUCUAUCUAUCUAUCUAUCUAUCUAUCUAUCUAUCUAUCUCAGUCUGUUCAUAUCUAUCUAUCUAUCUAUCUCAGUCUGUUCAUAUCUAUCUAUCUAUCUAUCUCAGUCUGUUCAUCUAUCUAUCUAUCUAUCUAUCUAUCUAUCUAUCUAUCUCAGUCUGUUCAUAUCUAUCUAUCUAUCUAUCUAUCUCAGUCUGUUCAUAUCUAUCUAUCUAUCUAUCUAUCUGCUUUUCUUUAUUCUUUUUCUCUAUCUGUACAUCCAUAUCUGUUUUUUUUCUGUUUAUCUAUCUAUGCUUUAUUCUAUCUGCUUAUUCAUGUCUGCUUUAUUCUGUUUUUCUAUCUAUCUAUCUAUCUAUCUAUCUAUCUAUCUAUCUAUCUAUCUAUCCUUUAUUCUCUUUACGUUGAUGCUUGA